GCAGCUGCGCGCAUAGGUGCUUGGUUUUGAAAUGCAGCGGGAUUUAGUGAGUUUACCCCUUUCCGCAGCGGUGCGGGUGAAGCUGGUGUCUGCAGGUUUCCAGACUGCUGGGGAACUCCUAGAGGUGAAACCCUCCGAGCUCAGCAAAGAAGUUGGGAUAUCUAAGGAGGAAGCCUUAGAAACUCUGCAAAUUGUAAGAAGAGAAUGUGUCACAAAUAAAACAAGUUAUUCUGGUACAGCUGAGUCAGGCAAGAAGUGUACGGCACUGGAACUUCUUGAGCAGGAGCAUACCCAGAGCUUCAUAAUUACCUUCUGUUCAGCACUAGAUAAUAUUCUUGGGGGUGGAAUACCCUUAACCAAAACAACAGAAAUUUGUGGUGCACCAGGUGUUGGAAAAACACAAUUAUGUAUGCAGUUGGCAGUAGAUGUGCAGAUACCAGAAUGUUUUGGAGGAGUGGAAGGUGAAGCUGUUUUUCUUGAUACAGAGGGGAGUUUUAUGGUCGAUAGAGUGGUAGACCUUGCUAAUGCCUGCAUUCAGCACCUGCAGCUUAUAGCAGGAACACAUAUGGGAGAAGAGCACCCAAAAGCUUUGCAGGAUUUCACUCUUGAAAAUAUUCUUUCCCAUAUUUAUUAUUUUCGUUGUCAUGACUACACAGAGCUACUGGCACAAGUUUAUCUGCUUCCAGACUUCCUUUCAGAACACUCAAAGGUUCGACUAGUGAUAGUGGAUGGUAUUGCUUUUCCUUUUCGUCAUGACCUAGAUGACCUAUCCCUUCGUACUCGAUUACUAAAUGGCCUAGCCCAGCAAAUGAUCAGCCUUGCAAAUAACCACAGAUUAGCUGUAAUUUUAACCAAUCAGAUGACAACAAAGAUUGAUAGAAAUCAGGCCUUGCUGGUUCCUGCACUGGGGGAAAGUUGGGGACAUGCUGCUACAAUACGGCUAAUCUUGCAUUGGGACCAAAAGCAAAGGUUGGCAACGUUGUACAAAUCGCCAAGCCAGAAGGAAUCUACAGUACUAUUUCAAAUCACACCUCAGGGAUUUAGAGAUGCUGUUGUUGCUACUGCAUGCUCACUGCAAACAGAGGGUUCAUUGAAUUCCCGGAAGCGGUCAUGGGACUCAGAGGAAGAACAGGAAUCCAAAGACUAGUCUCAAAGUGUACAUAUGUAUUGAUCCUGUGAGAUAUGCAAUGCUUAUAAGUUGUAGACUCGUUACUUUAGAAUAUAACCACACUGUGGUGUGACUGAAUCAGGUCUGUAUUAAGUGAAUGGUGAAUGAAUGAAUGAGGUCUAUAUUAAGUGAAAACACUUAACAAAUAUGAUUCUCUGAAAGCGUUUUUCAGAACUAAGCAGUGUUCUACAGUUAUAUUUAACCCUGUUUUUAUUUUUAGUAACAUUCAGUAGAGAUGAUACAGGUAUUUUGCAGAUGUGGAAAACUGAUCUCAUGUGGCCAAUCUGAAUUUAAUAUUCAGACUCUUUUUUCCUCCUUUCUUUGCCAGUUGCCUAGACAUUUCUAGGAAGAAAAGAUUUUUUUUUCACAUUCCUAUUGUGCUCUCCUCUUUAAAUGUAGCUUUGAUAAUUCUUAAAAAUGACCUGUUUCUAGUAUGAAGAAAAGCCAGCACCAUGAGUCAGCAUAUUCAGUGUAUGGGUAGGAUACAAAUUUUAGAUGAGCAAUCUGAUUUUAGUGACCCCAGUCCUAAAAUCUGUCAUUUGUUCAUUUUUUAAUGUUAUUUUGUAAAGUUGAAGGACUUUCGAGUUGUUAUCCCAUGUAGAACAUUGACUAGAACAUAUAUCUUCCAGAAUAGUCACCGCUGAUAAGCUCACAGUCAUUUAUUUCUAUAGUUUUGAAACAUGGUGUGAUCCAGUUUUAGGUGUAUUGACAUUUUCCUUUGAAUAAUCUUAACACUGCUUGAAUAAAGUAAAAAUUUGGAUUCUUGAGUGGUUUCAAAAUCUAAUAGUGUUUUGGGCAAUGAAACUGGGACAUUUGUAGUGACAUGGAUGGACCCAGAGACUGUCAUACAGAGUGAAGUGAGUCCAAAAGAGAAGAACAAAUAUCGUAUAUUAACACAUAUAUAGAAAAAUUGUACAAAUCAACAGGUUUGCAAGGCUGAAACAGAGACACAGAUGUAGAGAACAAACAUAUGGACACCAAGUGGGGAAAGUGGGGAGGGUUGAGGGGAAAUAAAUUGGGAGAUUGGGAUACCAAAUAGCACACUCUAAAUAUAUGCAGUUUAUUUUAUGUUAACUGUAUCUCAAUAAAAGUUCCUAAAAAAAAAAACCUAAUAGUGUUUUGGUACCUGGUUCUUCUUAGUACUUCUUAAUUCAUUUACAAAAUUUACUUUGACUCCCAGUGGGAGAAAAUUAUUUAAGUAAUUGAAUAUUAUAUACUGUGACAACCAUAUUUUCCAGACUUUAGUGAUAGUUGGUAUUUCCUGUCCCAUUCUGAACACUAAAUUCAUAAAAUUUUAAAAAUAUAAAUAUUCUAUAAUUGAUUAUACAUAGACUAAUCAUAGUUUGUGAGGACUUUUUAAAGUGAAAGUAGGCACUGCUAACAGUUAUACCAGGACAUAAAUCAGGACUGUCUCAGGCAAAUCAGGCUUAUGCUCAUUCAUAUAAGACUAAUUUCAAGUGACUAGUAUAGCAUAACUAAUUGUAACUAUCUUAUUUUUGAGGGCUUUAAGGUGUAUAUUUUUAUUAUAAUUAAUGCAGUCAUUUUAAAAACUUACCUGUCAUUUUCUGUUUACUCAAAUCAUAACAUCAAGAGAAUAAGGGGGUUGUUAAAUGAUAAAUAUCAUUCUUACCAGGCAUCAGAUACUGUAAGAGCUCAUUUUAUAAAGCAUUAUAAAAAAACACUGUACUUCAGAAGAAUUAUAGGACCCUGAAUAUAGACAAAGCCAAGUGUAUUUCUUUUUGUUUGCAACUCUUUUUAAAUAAAAUUUUCAUAUCCUAGCCUUUCAAAGUUGUUGCUAUUGCUGAAAAGAUAUUUAUUUUUCUAGUUAUAACUAGAAACUUAGUCUGCUUGGGCUGCAUUAACAAGGUAACCAUACACAACAGAAUUUUCUCAUGGUAUUUUCUCAGUGUCACAGUGUGGUCUGGUUUUGGUAAGAGCUAUCUUCCUUGUUUGCAGACAGCCAUCUUCUCACUAUUUGCUCGUAAGGACUUUCCUAGGUGAAUGCACUUGGAGAGAGAGAUCCUUCUCUCUUCCUUGCCUGAUAAGGCUACCAAUCCUAUGAGAAAUCCACCCUUAUACCCUCACUUAACAUUAAUUGUCUCCUAAAAGCCCUGUCUCCAAAUAGUCGCUUUGGAGGUAGGGCUUCAACAUAUGAAUUUUGAGAGGACACAGUUCAUGUCCUUCUCACAUGCAAAAUAUAUACAUUCCAUCCCAACAGCCCAAGAAGUCUUAACUCAUUGCAGCAUCAACUCUAAAGUACAAAGUCUCAUUAAAAUAUCCUCUAAAUCAGAUACCGAUGAGAUUCCAGGUACAGUUCUUUCUGCAACAAAAUUCUCCAGCCAUGAACCUGACAGGUUAAGUGUUUCCAGAAUACGAUGGUGGGACAGUGGUAGGAUAGACAUUCUCAUUCUAAAGGGGGAAAUGAGAAAAAAAGUGGAGUGAUGGGUCACAAGGUAAUCCAAAACCUAGCAAGGCAAAUUCCAUUAGAUCUUAAGGCUUGACAUUAAUCCUUUUUGGUUUGAUACUCUGCCUUCCAGGCCCACUGGCAUGGCAGCAUCACCCCACAGCUCUAGGUGGAGGUUCUGUCCCCAACCUCUGGCAAAGGCCAUCUUGCCUGUUGAAAAUGAGGCAGUAGCCCUGAUGACCUCUGAAUGGCCCUCAGGGUCAUUUUUCCCUCUUCUUGAAGAAUAGUUGAUUGUUUGCACGCAAAAUAUCUCUCCAGUCCUUUCAAAUCCAAGAAGUCGGUCAGUCUUCCUUCAUUUUGUCCUGUCUCUAUCCCCUUCAGUUCAAACUGGCAUUGUUUCUGAUUUUAUAAUCCCAGCCACACCCUUGAUGUCCUCUUCAGAACAUGCUAUCUAAUUUGCAAUAUGGAUAGGCUGAGAAUUUUCCAAAUCUUUAGGUUCUGGUUCAUUUUGCUUAACAGUUUCUUCUUCAUGUAUCUCUUUAUACAUUUUACUGUAAACAGGAGGAACCAAGCCACUCCUUCAAUACUUCACUUAGAAACCUCAGCUAAAUAGUUUCAUUACUUGCAAGUUCUGUCUUCUGGAAAACACUGAGUUCAGCCAGUUCUUUGCCACUUUAUAAUAAGGGUCACCUUUUCUGCAGUUUCCAAUAACAUGUUCCUCAUUUCCGUUAGAGAUCUUACCAGAAUCACAUUUAAUAUCCAUAUUUCUAGCAUGUCACCUACAAACUCUUCCAGCCUCCACCCAUUACUGUUUCAAAGCUUCUUCCACAUUUUUAGGUAUUCCUUAAAACAACACCCCACUUCUCAAUACUAAAAUCUGUAGUAAUACCUUGUGCUGCCAUGGCAAAAUCCCAUAGAUUGGGUGGCUUAAAAGAAGCUUAUUUUCUCACAGUUCUAGAGCUUAGAAGUCUAAGAUCAUGAUGCUAGCAGGUUGUUUCCGGUGUGGUGAGAGAUCUCUUCCACGGCCUCUUCUCACUAUGUUCUCACGUGAUGGUUAGAGAUUGAGAGCAUGAGUGAGCAAGCUUUCAGGUGUCUGUUCUUAUAAGGGUACUAAUCCUAUCAUAAGGACCCUGCUCUUAUGACCUGAUUUAACCUUAAUUACCUCCUAAUAGCCCUGUCACAAAGUAUAGUCACAUUGGAAGUUAGGGAAUUAGAAUAACAAGAAUUUUGGGGAGACAAUUCAGUCUGUAGUGUAGCAUUAUAGGAAACAGAAUAUGUACACAUAAAUAUAAUUUAAAAAAAUUAUAUGUAACCUGCUUUUUAAAAAUCUUAAUAUAUCUCAUGUAUCCCACAUAAUUAAAAUCUAUGAGAGUUUUUAAUGGUUGUGCCUACUUUUAAAUUUCAUUUUGGCAUUUUAGUUACUACUGUGUUUUUAGUGUUAUAAACAACACUUCUAAUAAGCAUUUAAGUUCUUUUUUUAAGAAUUUGAAAUUAUGAUUUGUAUUAAUUUCCUAUUGUUGCUUGUAAUAAAUUACUAGAGAUUAGUGGCUUAAAAGAACACAAGUUUGGAGAGUUCCCUGGCGGUCUGGUGGCUCACUGCUGAGGGCCUGGGUUUGAUCCCUGGUCGGGGAACUAAGAUCCCAAAAACCAUGUGGUGUGGCCAGAAAUAAAAUAAGGACAAAAAAGGAACAUAAGUCUGAAAUCAGUUUCAAAGGGCUAAAAUUGAGGUGUCAGCAGGCCUGCAUUCCUUUUGGAGGGUGUUUGUGAAAAUCUGCUUCCUUGCCUAUUCUAGCUUCUAGAAGUUACCUGCAUUCCUUGGCUCAUAGUCCAUCUUCAUCAGCGUAGCAUCUUCCAGUCUCUCUUUCUGUUUUCCAUCGCCUUUUUCUCACUCUGUCUCCUCCUGCUUCCCCUCUGAAAGGGGAAUCACACUUGUGAUUCCAUUUAGGGCCCAGUCAGAUAAUCCAGGAUAAUAUCCCCAUCUCAAGGUCCUUAAUUUAAUCACGUCUGCAAAGUCCCUUUUGGUGUGUAAAUUAGCAUUCACAGAUUUCGAGAAUUAGGAUGUAAACAUUUUUGGGAAGCCACUAUUCAGCCCCUCAGUUCAUGUGGCAACAUGAUUCAAGAAAUAAUGAUCCUUGGGUAAUUCAUAUGCACAUUAAAGUUUGAAAAGUACUGGGACAGAUACUUUACCAUUUUUUAACUUUUCAUAGAUGGUUAUUCCCAUGUAUGAAACUGAAAGAAAAGAGAGGAUAGUUCCUUAGCUUUUUGAAAGCUUUAUUUCUUCUAAGGAGUAUUAUUUUUCCUUAAUUAUAAGAUAUGUAGUACAGGUAUACCUCAGAAAUAGUGCAGUUUGGUACCAGACCACCGCAAUAAAGCAAAUAUCAAAAUAAAUGAAGUCACACAAACUUUUUUGGUUUCUUAGUACAUAUAAAAGUUUUGUUUACACUAUACUAUAGUUUUUUAAAUGUGUAAUAGCAUUAUAUUUUAAAAAACAAUGUACAUACCUUAAUUAAAAGUAUUUUAUUGCUAAAAAGUACUUUAUUAAAAACUGCAAGCUUUGGAUGAGUCCUAAUCUUCUUGCAAGUGUAACAAAGAUCACUGAUUACAGAUCAACAUAACAAAUAUAAUAAUAAUGAAGCCUGAAAUAUUGCAAGAAUUACCAAAAUGUGACACAGACAUGGAGUGAACAAAUGCUGUUGGGAAAAUGGCACAAUAGACUUGCUCAAUGAAGGGUUGUCACAAACCAUCAAUUUGUAAAGAAAACAAUAUCUGUGAAACAAAAUAAAAUGAGGUAUGCCUGUAAUUUUUCAAACAUACAGACACUUUUUAAAAGUAAUUCCCUCUUGGUUUUACAAACAUUUUAUCCUUCUUUGAAACUGUAUUUUUUCCCAGAGUAUUAUGACUUUUAGCUUCCAUUUUGGGGAUAUAUAACUUAAAAUAUACUUUUAUAGUGCCUUAUGAUUUUGAGACAAUUUUGCACCAUUUAAUUUGAUCUUUCUAGCAACUCUCUCAGGUAGGUGUGAUAGGCUGGCCUGUGUGCUUUCAUUCCUUUCAUCCAUCCAUCCAUCCAUCCAUCCAUCUAUCUACUGCAUAAUGCAUACACAUUUAACAAUGACUUGUUGCAUGAAUAAAUAUUUCAAAUAAAGAUUUAGAGUCUUUGGUCAUGUAUAGGAUGUGUUUCUGAACAUUUUUUAUUAUAAAUGUAUGUAGUUUAAUAAUGGUCUUUUUUUUUUUUACUUUUAAAAAUUGGGAUAAAAUAGAUACUAGUUAAAAUUUGCCACUUUAACCAUUUUUAAGUGUAUAAUUCAGUGGCAUUUUUAAUUAUUGUAGGACCAUCUCCACUAUUUUAAAAACUUUCAUCACCCCAAACAGAAACUCUGUACCCAUUAAAAGCAAUAACUCAUCAUUAUUUUGUUCCCCAGUUCGUAGUAAUCUCUAAUCUACUUUCUAUUUCUGUUAAUUUGCUUAUCAUAUAUAUUUUAUAUAAGUGGAAUCAUACAAUGUUUUUCCUUUUCUGUCUGGCUUAUUUUGCUUAGCAUAAUGUUUUCAAGGUUCAUCCAUGUUGUAGCAUGUAGAAGAACUUCAGGCCUUUUUAUGGCUAAUAUUCCACUGUAUAUAUAUACCACAUUUUGCUUAUCCACUUAUCUGCUGAUGGGUUUCUAAUAGUGUUUUAAUGGUUUAUAAAUGUAUAUGAGUAACACUUUUUGUAUCUUGAAACUUUUAUUAAUUUUUAUUGUUUAUCAAGUUUGGGACAGUUGAUUUGUCUUUGGAAUACUUUCAAGCUAUUCCGUGCAGCUUAAAUUUUAACCCUAAUGGAUUUAUUUUCAUUUCCUAGAUCAGCUAUUUUGAUGUUCUCUCUAAUUACUGUAUUUUAUCUUUCUUGUUAAUAAUGUUCUUACUAAAAUAUUUACAACUAGUUACCAGUGAUAAAAUUACAAUAUAAUGUGGUAGAGAGAACAUAGGACUAGAGUCAGAAGACCUGGAUCCUAAUUCCAGCUGAGAUAUUAAUAAACCAUGUCAGUUUA